AUGGCAUCGCACCAGGAAGAAGUCUCGCUCUCCGAGCCUGGCACAAGCGAACUUCAUCACGCUCAAUCCACAGAUGCCGCUGGUGUCGAGCCUACAUCAACAGACACUACCGCCGACGUUACUGCCAUGACGGAUGAAGAUGCCGAAAUCGAGGCGAUGAAGCAAAGAGUUGCAGAGAUGGAGGCCGAGGCAGCCAAGCUUCGUGAACUCCAACAGGCGGCAGGUGAGGCGGGCGGCGCAGGCCUGCAUCCUACCGAAGAGGAGCGCGAAGAGGUUGACUCAAGAAGUAUCUAUGUCGGCAACGUCGACUACGGUGCGACACCAGAAGAGGUGCAACAACACUUUCAGAGCUGCGGCACCAUCAACCGUGUCACAAUCCUUUGCGACAAAUUUACCGGGCAUCCCAAGGGCUUCGCGUACGUCGAGUUCGCCGAGCCAUCGCUGGUGGCCAACGCCAUGGUGCUCAACGAGUCGCUGUUCCGCGGUCGCUUGAUCAAGGUUACAGCCAAGCGUACAAACAUGCCAGGUCUUUCAGCACGUGGCCGCGGUCGUGGCCGUGGUCGUGGUCGUCCCUUCCGAGGACGAGGUCGGGGUCGAGGACGCGGCUACUACUAA